CACGUCGUUCCUCUUCCUCCUCCCGCUCCUCCCUCUCUUGCCGGGUUCGACGACGGUUAAGAGCCGGGAUCGGGAUUCGAGAAGAGUGACCGAAGCCGGAGGAUCCUGAGGAGGAUUAAGUGGCAGUGAUUUAGAACCGUACCGGAAGCUCGACCUGUGGUGCCGCUCGCUCCUCAAGAUGCGCUCGAUCCCCCUUGGUCUCCUGGUCCCUGGACUCUUCCUCUUGGCGCUGGCGACCGGAAGUCACGCGGCACCUCCGAGAACAGCCUUUGAAAAACUGACGGACUAUGACUACCGCGGAACCGUGUACUACAGUGCCAGGAACCUCUCCUUGUACGAAUGUCAGGGAUGGUGCAGGGAGGAGGCGGAAUGCCAAGCUGCAGCCUUUUCCUUCGUCGUCAAUCCUCUCGCUCCGAUGCAGGACACUCUCUGCCAACUGCAGAACGAAUCGUCCUCCUCGAAUCCUGCGGCUCAGCCUCAACGAGCCGCGAACAUGUACUACAUGACGAAACUGCAACUCCGAUCGGAGAACGUGUGUCUUCGUCCAUGGGCAUUUGAGCGCAUCCCUAAUAAAAUGAUCCGAGGGCUGGACAACGCACUAAUUUACACCUCCACGAAGGAGGCUUGCUUGGCAGCCUGCUUGAACGAGCACCGAUUCACCUGUCGGUCCCUCGAGUACAAUUACGUGACCCUACAGUGUCACCUGAGUGAUUCCGAUAGGAGGACGACGGGACAGUAUGUGCAGUUUGUGGACGCACAAGGGGUGGACUAUUUCGAAAACCUAUGCUUGAAAGGAAAGGAAGCUUGCAAGUCUCAGAGGCUGUUCCAGACCCCGAGGAUCGGCGUCGCCGAUGAUAAGGUGGCGCAGUAUGCUGGUCUCCAUUAUUACAGUGAUAAGGAACUCCAGGUGCAGAGCGAAAAUGCCUGCAGGUUAGCCUGCGAGAUCGAGAACGAGUUCCUGUGCAGGUCCUUCCUCUACCGGGGUGCUCCUCAGGGCACGGCUUAUAAUUGUCACCUGUUCCACCUGGAUCAUUGGACUUUGCCUGAUGGACCCUCCACCUAUCUCAAUGCGGAGAGGCCCCUUAUCGAUAACGGCGAAAGAGUUGGCACCUACUUCGAGAACUUCUGCGAAAAAGGCAUGGGUCCCCCGGAUCAGCUCCCGAUUGACAUCCUCCCAGUGGAAGAUCCACAGAUCAAUAACUUCACCAGGCACGAAAACGUCAACUGCGACAAAACAGGAACUUGCUACGAUGUGUCCGUCGACUGCAAGGAUACUCGCAUAGCGGUCCAGGUGCGAACGAACAAGCCUUUCAAUGGAAGGAUCUACGCUUUAGGACGAUCCGAGACCUGCAACAUCGACGUCACCAACAGCGACCUCUUCAGGUUGGACCUGACCAUGAGUGGACAAGACUGCAACACUCAGAGCGUGACCGGCAUCUACUCCAACACCGUGGUCCUGCAGCAUCACUCAGUGGUGAUGACGAAAGCUGACAAGAUCUACAAGGUGAAGUGCACCUACGACAUGUCCUCGAAGAACAUCACUUUCGGCAUGAUGCCCAUCAGAGACCCAGAGAUGAUCAGCAUCACCAGCGCUCCCGAGGCUCCUCCACCAAGGAUCCGCAUCCUGGACAGCAGGACGAGAGAGGUUGAGACUGUGCGCAUUGGAGAUAAGCUGACGUUCAGGAUCGAGAUCCCCGAAGACACCCCGUAUGGAAUCUUUGCUCGAAGCUGCGUGGCGAUGGCCAAGGACUCGAAGAGCACCUUCCAGAUCAUCGAUGACGAAGGGUGUCCCGUGGAUCCAUCCAUCUUCCCCAGCUUCACUCCUGAUGGGAACGCCCUGCAGAGCGUCUACGAGGCCUUCAGGUUCACCGAGUCCUACGGUGUCAUCUUCCAGUGCAACGUCAAGUACUGUCUGGGACCUUGUGAUCCGGCUGUCUGCGAAUGGGGUCGAGAGUCCACGGAAUCCUGGGGCAAGAGGCGUCGAAGAAACGUGGUGAACUCCACGGAGGAGAAGGCUGAGGACAUGACCCUCUCCCAGGAGAUCCUCGUCCUGGACUUUGGUGACGAGAAGCAGUCGGACUUCCUGAAGAGCGACGCCAGCAUAGACUUCAACGAGUCUGACAAAACGGUGACCAUCAUCGAGCCAUGUCCAACGAGGACAUCGGUGCUGGCCCUGGCCGUGACAUGUGCCCUGUUGGUCCUGAUCUACAUCUCGACGAUCCUCUGCUACUACAUGAAGAAGUGGUUGACGCCUCGCAAGGUCAUGGCCUGAGACCCCAGCCUCCUGGAGAUUGCCGACAGGAGGCGGUCCAGGAUGCUGGACACCCAGAUACUCAGAAGAUGACGGGCGCAACAUACACUCAUUGACACACACUUCGACACACACGAGAAGAGAGGAUGUGCAGGGCCUCUGCCACCGGCAGUGGGUGCAGUCGCAUAGGGUGCAUCGGGCACCCCAUAGGCCGACCUUACACUUAUUUAAGACCACGUAGAGAACUCCUAACUGUCAUCAUCCAUCGGCUACUUUUGAUAGGGUUGCAAGGAGUCUGAUCUGGGAUCUCUUGAUAAGGGGGUCGACCGCCCCCUGCCCAGGCUGCGACGUCGACGGUUCCACUGUCCAUUGGAGGUCCCUUGGGAUUUCGGAAACUCUCCCAGUCCCUCAGGACCCUGGGAACCUCCGACGAGCCCGACUCGUUGGCGACUCGCUUGUAACCCGCAUCAAGACUAGCGCUAUUUACAGGUUCACGCUUGACUAACGUCUCUAAUGUUACAACUAGGUUUAAGAUAUCGCAUAAUCUAAGCUACACGCGUAGCAGGUAGACAUGUAUGUUGAAAAUGGCGUCGAAGAGAAGCUGUCGACUCGAGCGCUCGUAUCUUCGUGCUCCUAGAACCGAGGCGGCCGUUCCAAGAGGACGACAAAGGGACUCCAAAAUGGCCACCCCCUCGUGAAGAAC